GUCGCUGUGGAUGUCAGCGCAGAGGAUUGUGGGAAAGAGCGGAAGUAAGAUGGCGGCAGGGUUGACAGCUGAGGUGUUGUGUCUCUGAUGGUGAUACUGUACUCAGAACAACUUGAUAUCAUCUUAAGGAGGGAUACAGACUCAGGAUGGCAGAUGAGAACGAGAAACCGGUUGUAGCUUCUUCUGUGUUUGUCUUCCAGAAAGAUAAAGCACAAAAAAGGUCAGCAGAGAGGUCCAGCUCAGAGGAUGGAGAGGACUCUGAUGGUGAUGGCAUUUACUGCCAUGCUGCCAAAAGAGGAAGAAUUUCACCUUUCACACAUUCUGUGUCUAAGAAUAAUACUAUCAUGCCGUCCAAUAUCAGUCAGUCACCAACGUCAAACUCUGACUCAGAACCUGAGGAGAAGACAGUGGGGUUUCGCCUAAAGCCCCCAACGCUGAUCCACGGGCAGGCGCCGAGUGCUGGAGUCCCCAGUCCUAAACCCAAAGAAGCGCAACGCAGUAUCCUGCGACCACCUGUCCUGCAGCCUCCUCCAACCAGAACCCCGCCUCAGAGCGAUACAAGCUCAAAUGGAUUGAAUGAGCCCUCAGAUGCAGACUCGUGUACUGCUGCACAGGAUAACCAGCCGUCAUCUAAGAACAGCAAAAGCUUUGAUGAAAAGGCAAGCAGCAAAUCUGAAGGACAUGACGCUCCUGUCGAAACCACAUUUGUGUUUGGACAAAAUAUGAAGGAACGAGUAAAGGUGGAUAGACGUUCAUCUAAGGAUAAUUGUCCUUCGGCCAAAAAGGAAACAAAUUACUUCUUGCAGUACAUCACUUCCAGCACACAGAAAGCCGACGACAGCGAUGCCAAAAGCGCAAAGUUUGUUUUUGGCCAGAACAUGUCAGAUCGAGUCCUGACACUGCCGCAGUUCAGCGCAGAACCAGCAGGAGGCAGCAGAGACCAGCAGUCGGACGUCAGCCUAUUCGGACAGAUUCUCACCUCACACGAUCAAAACUUGGAGAAGGGUGACAGCACGAAAGAUUCUCUGGAGGAGUCUGCGGCACGUCACGAAGCCCACAAAACCCAAAAGUGUUUAUUGGAGCGGGUGGAGGUGAAGACGGGAGAGGAGUCGGAGAGUAACGUGCUACAGAUGCAGUGUAAGCUGUUUGUGUUUGAGGUGGUCUCUCAGUCAUGGGUGGAGAGAGGAUGUGGAGUGCUCCGACUCAAUGACAUGUCAUCCGCUGAUGACGGCAUGCUACAGUCCAGACUGGUCAUGAGGACUCAAGGAAGUCUUCGAGUGAUUCUCAACACAAAGAUCUGGCCUCAGAUGCAGGUGGAUAAAGCCAGUGAGAAAAGUCUCAGAAUUACGGCCAUGGACACAGAGGAGCAGGGUGUUAAAGUCUUCCUCAUCGCUUCUAGCUCUAAGGAUGCUGCGCAGCUGUUUGCAGCGUUACAUCAUCGCACCCUGGCACUGCGGAGCACCGGCGGGCAGGAGUCGGAAGGGCAGCCGGCUGUCCCUGAGGGUGGUGAAGUCGCCCGCUUCAGUGACGAUGAUGCGUCCCGCACGCCCCCCUCCACAGCUACACCCGCAUCAGGUAAUCCAGAAGCAGGUGUGUGUCCAUCCACAGGGGACACAAAGUGCUGAAUCUGCUGCUUAUCUCAAUCCCACAAUGCCUCACUGGAAGGCCCUCUAGAAAAUACUAUGCAGGUGAAUCUCUCUAAACUCCUGCUUUUUUAUUUCAUUUUUAACAGCAAAAAAGGACUACACACAUAAAACGCUCUCUGCAUCAUCAUAUUGAUGAGAAGGAGAGACUCUUAUUGUUUCAUUCAACGGCCACAUUAUAAUUUUAAAUGUGAACUUCUUAGUUUGUGCGUUUCGGAUUCAUGCAGUACAUGUUUAUUUUUACAUCUCGUGUUUCAUCACAGUUCUGCUCUGUUCCUUCUGCAUCUGUAAAAUCAUCUCUUACCUCCUCCUGCAAUGCUUUAGAUCUUCUCAGAAUGACCUCAGUUAAAUCAUGAGAUGUAUAUUACUCCAUACAGCGCUGUGAAACAGCAAAACAGAUGUUUCUGCACUUAUCUUGAGUUUUAUAAAUACUUCACAAUCAGAAGCUCUGAUUAAGAUAAGACCUUAUUCGUUUUCUUCACAUUUCCUCUCUUUAUUUAACAUCUGCCGCACUUAAACAUCAUUAUGGGGUGGCGGUACUUCCUGUUAUUUAGCGUAACCGCUAGUUAUUUGAAAAGUGAACCUCACCACACGUGAAACUGUUGUAUAAAUACUACUGUAAUUUAUUCUACACUUCAUGGUAAAUGCAAUAGUACUAUUUCAUACACAGUAUAUUUUUAUGAACAUGUCAUGUAUAUUAAGAGUUAAUGUAGUAUUGUAUAUAAGUUUAGGAUAUAAACUUUUAUAGUGAAAUGUCUUAUUAAUGAUAAUUGUCUGUUACUAGAGCUACAGAUUGUUUAGUGUGUGCAGUGUUUUUCACCCUGAAUAUUGGUUUACUGUGAAACUUACCUUACUAGAGCAAAACAUUAAAGGGAUAGUUCACCGAAAAAA